UAACCUUUGUCACGCGUGAAAACUGGUGGAAAUGGCGCUGGACGUAUUGCAGUGGGUUGUCAUCGGAUUCUUGUUGAUACUACCCAUUCUGUACGAGCUGAACAGCACGUUCAAGUAUUAUGCCAAGUUCUUCUUCUACUAUGUCAUUGUGAAUGUUUUGGCAUUCAUUGUGAUUUUCCUGAGUCUUCCACGAGCGAAGGAUGUCACGAAUUACAGGUAUGUCAGCUCUGCUAUCAAGAACAUCCGAAAGUUGUUUGGAAUUGAGAUCGAACUCCGAGGAAAAGAAAACCUUGAGUCAGAUAAACCUUUCAUCCUGGUGUCCAACCAUCAGAGCUCUCUUGACUUCUUUGGUAUGAUGGAGAUAUGGCCGUCACGUUGUACCAGCUUGGCUAAGAAGGAGCUGAUGUACACUGGGCCAUUUGGACUGGCAGCAUGGCUGUGUGGAACAGUUUUCAUUGAUCGUCUCAACCAUGACCGGGCUGUCAGCACAAUCAAAGAUACUGCAGACUUCAUCAAUAAAAACAAUGUGAAAGUGUUCAUUUUUCCUGAGGGUACCCGCAACCAUUCAGGCUCCAUUUUACCGUUCAAGAAAGGCGCCUUCUACCUCGCUGUGCAGGCCCAGGUUCCAGUUGUACCUGUUGUCUUCUCCUCCUACUCGGACUUCUACAGCAAACGUGACAAGAGAUUUGACACAGGUAAAUUCAUCAUCACAUGUCUUCCCCCCGUGAGGACAGCGGGCAGGACGGACGACGACGUGGCGGGGCUCACCGAGGACGUCAGGCAGCAAAUGCUGGAUGCCUUCAAUCAAACAUCAUUAGAGUCACGUCAACCCAGAGUCACAACUACCAUCAAGUAGUAUCUGCAGCAACUUGUCAAACUUCAUAAAACUCAGAUGGAUAACUGAUUUUAGAAUUCAUUUAACUCAAACUUUCUUGAUUGGAAGAUUUAGUACAAUACGUGUGCUUUCCACUACAUGCCAUUGCAUGUUUAUACUGUAUUUUAUGCUACAGCUUUAUUCUGCUGGACUUAUAUAUGAUGUUUUUCAUGACAAACUCCACUCUAGAAGCAAAUCCUCAUUUACACAUGAUUGCUAUUAUUUGUAUCAUUGAUCUGAAGUGGAAUUGCUUCCUUCACUGUUCAGUGAGAGGCUCGCAAUCAUCAACAUCAAACCGGAUGUUGAAUGAGAGGCUGAUAGAUAUAAACUAAUAUAAAAAGUUAGGGAUCAUGAAUAUUUUGGGGGAUAAUUUUGAUCAGUCUUCACUACAAAUAAACAUCCCCAAAAAUAUUCAUGAUCCCUGACUUUUUGUUCAGUACCCGGUAUAUACAUGAGUUAUGUCACUGUAAUCAAAAUGUAGACAUUAAAUGUAAGGCAGGUUUCAAGUUUCUUUUGGGUUUGAUAAUCUGAACACAAUCUUUGCCAUUGUUAAUGAUCUCGGAAAAUACUUUUGUAAAUGGGUGAUACUAAUAUUAUUGUUCAAGUUUUGAGAAUUUUAUGUAAGCAUGCUGUCCUCUUACUCCAUGUGGAGUACACCAUGUGCAGUACAUAGCCAUUUGAUACGACAUUUACUUGUUGAACAUUACAUUAUGUAGAUCUUUUCAGCUCGGUGUGAAUUUUCCAGGUGAGGAACAGUGCUUUUGUGCAUUUUAUUAAAGUUUUACCUUGGGGAUGCAGGUCAUUAUUGAUAUGGUUAAACUGUGGUGUACAGCGCCGAACUAGACUGGAAUUCCUGGGCUUGAUCGUAGCACCAAUGGUGGCUAUUAGGAAUUAAGUCCCUUUCACCACUCAUAUCACUUGGGUUUGCUUCAUACAAAAUGGUGGCUCCUAGUCAACAAGAUCUGAUCGAUGAUUAAGAUUUAUAUUGUAAUCAAACGGGUCUUACCCCACGAAGUGCAUUAAAUUACGUGAGCACCUUGAUUUAAAACAGGAAGAGAUUUGGAAAAUAUAUCUUGAUGACAAGUUGAUAGGACACAUGCAUUACAAAUCCUGCAGUCAACUAAAACGUGCAUGUUGUAAUCCAUGUUGUUUACGAACUGGAUAUUGAUUUCUUUAUGCGAUUUUAAUUGGACUAUGCAUAGACUUGUUAGUCCAGCCCAAAUAUAGCUCCUUAAUCCCAGCCUAGUUCAGCAAGGGUGGAAACUGGACUUUUACAGUCAGUUAAGUCUCUUACAUCAGGAAGAUGUAUAGUACCGGUACCUUGAAUCAUAUUGUUCAUGUUUGCUGCAGACUGGGACUUUGUCUCUCGAACAGUCAGUUUCUGUGUCUCCACAUGUCCUUAUGACAAGCAGGCACCUGUCUUGGUGCAUCACAGGAAUACAGUUGAUGAAGCAUUCUAAUCUUGAUUAAUCUAAUCAGCCUAUUAUGAUUCUGUGUUGGAAGUCAGAUUCUGGAAUUAUCAGGGUACUGCCAGUAGGGUUCUAAGGGUACUAGUCCACCUUGUCUAGUGAUGAUAUGUUCUUCCUGAAAUCAAACUGUUUUCUUACACUUUUUGUGUUACUUACAGAGAUCUGAUUAGAAUCCGUAUGUUUUUUGCAAGGAAAUCUCCUAAUUCGGAUGUUCCGUUUCUCGGAAAAUCAUCAGAAAAAGAUAUUUGGAUUGACAAAUUAUGGGCGUAGAGUGAUCUUGCUGUAACGUUUAUGUAGACCUGCCCAACAGCAUCGGACAGAAGUUAUCCUCGCUAACAAGGUCUGGAAUAACAUUUCGCUGUUUGUCCACAGACAUCAAUGGAAGUAUGGUCCCAAUUAUAAUUCAAUAUUUAACUUAUAGAUAUUUAAAUUUGUGUUAGCUCACGUGAACAAAAGUUCUUGACAGGGUAAAAUCCUCCCUCACUUUUUUUGUAGAUGUCUGAUUAUCAGCCAGUUUGUAUAUGAAGGGGAGCAUUCUCCUCUAGUUUGUAUGUGUGUGUAAGUUAAGCCUGUGUUACCUCACAGCUCGUCCUCCUGUACUCCUUACCCACCACCCCCUGUACCCCUUACCCACCCUCCCUAGCUGGACCCUUACCCACACUCCCUAGCUGGACCCUUACCCACCCUCCUUAGCUGGACCAUUACCCACCCUCCCUAGCUGGACCCUUACCCACACUCCCUAGCUGGACCCUUACCCACCCUCCCUAGUUGGACCCUUACCAUCCUCCCUAGCUGGACCCUUACCCACACUCCCUAGCUGGACCCUUACCCACACUCCCUAGCUGGACCCUUGCCUCCACCCCACCCCCCACCCCUAGAUGGACCCCUGUACCUUUACCCACUCUCGAUAGCUGGACCCUGUACCUUUACCCACUCUCGAUAGCUGGACCCUUGCCCCCCUCCAUUCCAAGCUUGAUCCCUUACACUGUCUCCCUAGAGUCCACCAAUCUUGCCUCCUCACCCCCGAGCUGGGUGGCUGGUGGCAGACAGAAGGCUCUGAUCCCAGGGUUAAUAUGCUACCAUGCUUAUAUGUCAUGUUACCAUGCUAAGAUAUGUUACCAUGCCAACAUGUCAUGUGUAUCUGAGUGGACUGUAGCUUAGAAAUGUUAGCUGUAUCAAUUUCAUAUCUGUGUGCAAGGAAGUAUAUAGACAAUGUGAUUUGUACAUAAUUGAUAGAAGUGUACAUGUGUGUAAUGAUGUGAUAUUUGGUAAAUUAGACUCACAAAUAAGGAACCACAAUGGACCAAGAACAUUCUCAACAUAUCUGGAUUAUUGGUUUGUAUAUGUCAUAUUUAUUGCCAGGUCUUAUCUCCACAUUUGAUGGUAGUAGCAAGAUAUAUCCAUGUGAUCCAUUUAUAGCAUACGGAGAAUUGUUACAAAUAAACUAUUUUAUGGAAUCUUUA